AUGGAACCUGAGGUCGAGUUCACGGCGCAGGAAGCAGCUGUCUAUGACCGGCAGAUGCGCCUCUGGGGCGUCGAGGCCCAGCGCCGGCUGCAGAACUCGCAUGUGCUCAUCAGCGGCCUCACGCAGCUCGGUGCGGAGCUCGCCAAGAACCUCGUGCUCUCGGGCAUGAACGUCACGCUCCAUGACACCAACGUCGUGACCCAAGACCACGUCGAGUCGCAGUUUCUGCUUCGCGCCGAGCAUGUGGGCCAGAACCUCGCCGACGCCUGCCUCGCUAGCGUGCGCGACUUGAACCCGCUCGUCAAGGUCGAAGCGCUCACAAAGCCGUUGGCCGAGUAUCCGUCCGACUUCUUCAGCACGUUUAGUGUCGUCUGCGUCAUGUCGGCUCCGCGCAAGCUCCAGGUGCACUUGGACGCGAUCUGCCGCGAAAAGAACAUUGCGUUCUACGCGGGGCAUGCGUUUGGGCUCUCGGGCAUCUUCUUCGCAGACCUCAACACGCACACGUAUCGGCGCAACGUGCCUGCAGGCGUCGAGAACGCCGAGGCGCCGCCGGCAAUCACACUUGAGUUUCCGUCGCUCGCGACCUCGAUCGGUGUGCGAUGGGCCGACUUGAAGCCGACGCGGAAGCGAGGCCCGGGCAUUCCCGAGCCGUACGUCGCCUACCAACUGCUCCUCGACUACUGCGACGCCCACGGUGCAUUCCCGUCCCCGGCCGUCGCCGCCGCGUUCACUGCCUUCGCCCACGACCAGCUCGUCCAGCAAGGCCUUGCGCGCGACUUCUUCUCGUCCGAGGUGCUCGCGACGCUGGCCAAGGUGGCCCACGCCGACGUUGUGCCCGUGUGUGCUAUCACGGCUGGCAUCCUCGGCCAAGAGAUCAUCAAAGCCAUUUCGCUCAAGGACGAGCCGCUCUGCAACUACUUUUACUUUGACGGGUCUGCCGGCACGGUGCGCCGCAUUGGGUAA